AAAUAAACAAGUAACCGCCAUUUUGCUAUUUUGGCCGCGUGGAUUUAUUAGCAAGCGUACAACAGGGAAGUAAAAAGACGUUUGAAUGAACUGACCUGCAACAUCAGCAGUGCAACUCUCCACCAUGAUGAAUCCUCCAACAGACUCUCUCUCUUCCUCCCCUCAGAAGAGAAAAAGAAGAAAAUCAGAGAGUGUGAAGGAAUUUCCUGUUCCUGUUGACAUUAACACACCUGAGAGGCUCAAGAAGAAGAAGAAGGAGAAGAAAAGGAGACAAGAGGAUAAGCAGGAGGUCAGUCUUCCUCUUCCUCCAACUGCCUAUGAAGAGACAAAGAAACGGCAUAAGAAAAAGAAGGUGCAGGAGGAACAAGGAGAAGAGGAGGAUGAGGUGGGGGUGGAGGAGGGAGUACAGGAGGAAGUGGCUGAGGAGGUGCAAGCCGCUGUAUUAACCAGGGAAACAGAAAAGAGAAAGAAAAAGAAGAAACACAAGAAUAACGUGAGUGAGGCCAGUGCUGUCAUUGUGACAAAUCAGAGCAACAGAGAAUUUGACUCAUUGCUUUCUGUGGAGCAGAGCACCAGCAUGGAGGAGGAAAAGGAAAUAAAGUCAGAAGUGGUGUCUCAUGAAAGCGAUAUUGUGGAAAAGAAGAAAAAGAUAAAUGAAGAAGAGAGGACGAGAGAACAAAUGGAAGAGAAGAUGGGGAAGAAGAGCACAAUGAAAGGAAGAGCUGCUGAGAAGAGGAGGGGAGGACCGGCAGCUUUAGAAGAUCAGUCGGAUUGGGCCUUGGUAGAGGAGCUGCAAGAGUUUAUUCCAAAUGUAAAGGAAAAGUCGGCACAUGAAAUCUACAGACUGCUGCGAUAUGACCUGCACCGCUUCAAAAACUUCAAACGGCAAGGUAUCUCACUACAUCAUGGACGGUACACUCAGGAGGAGAUAGAGCAAAUCAGACAGAACGUGUCAGACUUCCUGGCUCUGACUGGCAUCAGCUCAGCCACUCGGCUUUUGUUUCCUCAGAGGUAUAAGGAGCAGGAGAAAGACAUCAGGAAGCUAAAAGCACAGCAUCACUUCAUGGAGAAGAUUGCUGAGGGGGUCCCUCGCACAUGUCAUCAAGUUUACACCCGGGCUGUGAAGCUCUUUGAUGACACAAACUACAAUGGAAGGUUCUCAGAGGAGGAGAUUCAUUCUCUGAUCAAGUUACAGAACUUCCAUGGUAACAAUUGGACAGCAAUCUCUAAAAAGAUGGACCGCAGUGUUUAUGCCUUAGAGAAACGCUUUGCCACCAUAGCUGCAGAGAAUGGGCCGUGGAGUUCAGAUGAAGUAUCCAGGUUGAAAUUGGCUAUGAAGGCUCGUCUGGAGGAUUUGGUCCAGCAGGGUCCUGCAGAGGCUGGUCUGACCAGAGAACAGCUAUGUAACAAUCUGCCCUGGAAGGAGAUCAGUCAGCGGGUUGGAACCAGAUCCUGGUGCCAGUGUCGCCUCAAGUGGUUUUCAAUCUUGAAAUCAAAGCUGUCUUCAGGUGGCAGCGUCUUCAACAGAAGGCCUGAUGGAAUUCAGGCAAAACUCAACCUCAUCAAAACAUUGUACAACAUGCAUGUGGAUGAUGCAGCAGAGAUCAACUGGGAUGAGGUUGCCAAGCUUGUUGGGAACGCGACUCCCGUGUGUUUACAAAAGGCUUUUCACCGGCUGAAAGUUUCCAGAGUUCCCAACUGGACCCGUUUAUCAUAUGGAGAAAUCAUUGACUUCCUGUAUAAGGAAGUGGUUCCUCUCCUGAAGAAGAAACUGAGGGAACUGAAGAAAUUUGGCUUGGAAGAGCGGAAGCAGGAUGAUCAGGAGGAGAGAAAGUACCUGCUGUCUGACAUCUUCACCUCUGAGGAUGAGGAUUAUGUAGAGGUGGACAACAGCAGGUGACCAUUAGCCAAUCAAGACACAGAAGGAAUUCAAGGCAGCAGCUCCUUAAAGACUUAAAUGACUGGCCCCACUCACUUCAUUAGACUUGAUUCAGACUAAUGAACCCAAAUGUUUUAUCUGUCGACGUUUUUUUACUAAUGAAAUGACUUUGUCCCUAA